AUGUCGGCAAGACUAUCGGCUCGUGGUAUAAAACCUAGCUCGGGUCGCAUGAAACCUGAUAUACCCCGACACAUGAAGGACGGAAGCACCCUGCACGGCAGAACGAAGGACGAUAGCACCCUACACGACAGAAGAAAUGAUGGUGACACCCUGCACGGCAGAACGAAGGACGAUAGCACCCUACACGGCAGAAGGAAGGACGGUGACACGCUACACGGUAGAAGGAAGGACGGUGACACUCUAUACGGUAGAAGGGAGGACGGUGACACGCUACACGGUAGAAGGAAGGACGGUGACACGCUGCACGGUAGAAGGAAGGACGGUGACACCCUACACGGCAGGAGGAAGGAUGGUGAAACCCUGCAUGGCAGAAGGAAGGACGGUGACACGCUACACGGCAGGAGGAAGGACGGUGACACCCUACAUGGCAGGAGGAAGGACGGUGAUACCCUGCAUGGCAGAAGGGAGGACGGUGACACGCUGCACGGUAGAAGGAAGGACGGUGACACCCUACACGGCAGGAGGAAGGACAUUGAUACCCUACACGGUAGAAGGAAGGACGGUGACACGCUGCACGGUAGAAGGAAGGACGGUGAUACCCCACGCGACAGAAGGAAGGAAGUAAUACCCGACACGGGAGAAGUAAGGACGGUAUCACCCUACACGGAGGAAGAAAGGACGGUGAUGCCCCACGCGACAGAAGGAAGGACGGUGACAUGCUACACGGCAGAAGGAAGGACGGUGACACCCUACACGGCAGAAGGAAAGACAGUGAUGCCCUACACUGUAGAGGGAAGAACGGUAGCGCCCUACACGGCAGAAGGAAGGACGGUAUCACCCUACACGGCAGAAAGAAGGACGGUGAUACCCUAA